UCAGUUUGCAGGGAGUGUUUGCCAGGCGUCUCACUUUUUGCCGCCUGUUAUGCCAUACAAAUUUGACGUCAUGCACCAUUUUUCCUAUUCUCCAAUCGAAUGAAAGGAGAGGCGGGCCUUCCGAUGGGGUGACGGAACUUUACAGUUGCUUGAAAUGUACGGAGACUGCAAUGAAGAAGGAGAAACUUCUUCUACUCGGUGCUUCGGCGAAUAAUCGAGAUGAAAAAAUCUCUACUUUUCAGAAAGCCGCAGGUCACGUGACAACCAACCAGCCAAUAUUGACAAGCUCAAUGAAAAUGGAGACACAGAUGAUCACAGCAUAACUAAAUAUUGUAGCAGAGUUAUCGCAAGGGGAAGACCUAGGACAUGCUGGAGGGACUAUGUCUCCCGGCUGGCCUGGGAACGCCUCGGUGUCCCCCCGGAAGAGCUGGAGGAAGUGUCUAGGGAGAGGGAAGUCUUGGCAUCCCUGCUUAGACUGCUGCCACCACGACCCGCCCCCGGAUAAGCGGCAGAAAAUGGAUUGAUGGAUGGACGGUAACUGUAAUUAAAUUACAGAAAAGAUCAAAGUAAUCCCUUACUUAACUUUUUCAAGGGAAAAGUAAUUGAAGUACUGUAAUUAAUUUCUUAGUAACUAGUUACACCCAAUACUGGAAGCAUUUUGUUUUUAUUACCUUAUAGAAUGAGCUAAUUCUAUCUAUGAACACUACGGGCCACCUUGCAUAGAAUUUGCCAUGUUGUUUCUACAUUAGCCCUAAAUGGACAAACUGCUCUACAGAGAGCGUUUCGUAAAUACGAAGCGAAAAUGUUGUCCUGUGUCAGUUGGUGUAGUGCUUCGAAAUGUAGGGUGGAGGGAUGGAGUGGGCAAGUGGUUGCACCAUAAACUUUAUGCAUUUAUUUUUUAACUGUAUGAGUGACAUGACUUGGGGCAAAUUUUUUAUCAAAUCAUGAAAGAAUGGCUGUGAGGGGUUUGGAGUUGUUUGAAGGCAUAAUCUGUACAUGUGAUAACAAAAAUUGGCUCAUUGUCUUAAUUUUGGUCGAGCACCACACAAUUGUGGAAGCGCAUCUUACCAAGAUGUAUGAGUGUGUUCUACCAAAGUUUUUUGGUCUCUACACCCACUGUUAAACCAUGACAAAGUCAUUAGAAUCGAAUCCAUUUACAGUCGUGCUCAAAAUUAUUCAACCCCCACUGAAAUUGAUUGUUUUGGUCGGUUUGACAUUGAUUAUGAUCAUUCAGUCCUCCUGCUUGCAAUUAAAUCAAAGAGGCACGUGUAGGUCAAACAAAUAUAACAUAACAUUUAUAAUGAAAUAACCACAAAUGUCUUUUCUGAGCUCACAUCAUUAUCAGUUUUAUUCAACCCCCAAGUGACAUUCAAUCUUAGUACUUAGUACAACAUCCUUUUACAGUUAUAACAGCUUUUAAACGUGAAGCAUAGCUUGACACAAGUGUCUUGCAGCGAUCUACGGGUAUCUUCGCCCAUUCAUCAUGGGCAAAAGCCUCCAGUUCAGUCACAUUCUUAGGCUUGCGCACUGCAACUGUUUACUUUAAGUCCCACCAGAGGUUCUCAAUCGGAUUUAAGUCUGGUGACUGCGAUGGCAAUUUCAAAAUGUUCCAGCCUUUAAUCUGCAACCAUGCUCUAGUGGACUUUGAGGUAUGCUUGGGAUCAUUGUCCUGUUGAAAGGUCCAACGUCUUCCAAGCCUCAGGUUUGUGACGGACUGAAUCACAUUGUCAUCCAAUAUCUCCUGGUACUGAAGAGAAUUCAUGGUACCUUGCACACGCUGAAGCUUCCCAGUACCUGCAGAAGCAAAACAGCCCCAAAGCAUGAUUGACCCCCGCCAUGCUUCACAGUAGGCAAGGUGUUCUUUUCUUCAAAGGCCUUGUUCUUCCUCCUCCAAACAUAGCGUUGAUCCAUGGGCCCAAACAGUUCUAAUUUUGUUUCAUCAGUCCACAGAACACUAUCCCAAAACUUCUGUGGUUUGUCCACAUGACUUUUGGCAUACUGCAGUCAACACUUCUUAUUCUUUGGGGACAGCAAGGGGGUGCGCCUGGGAGUUCUGGCAUGGAGGCCUUCAUUACGCAGGGUGCGCCGUAUUGUCUGAGCAGAAACUUCAGUACCCACAUCUGACAAAUCUUUUCUCAGUUCCUCAGCAGUCACACGGGGACUUUUCUCCACUCUACACUUCAGGUAGCGCACAGCAAUCGAAGUCAGCAUCUUCUUUCUGCCACGACCAGGUAGCGUUUCAACAGUGCCCUUUGCCUUGAAUUUGCGAAUGAUGCUUCCUAUGGUGUCUCUUGGUAUGUUUAACAUCUUUGCAAUCUUCUUAUAGCCAUUGCCCUUCCUAUGAAGAGUAAUCACCUGUUCUCUUGUCUUCCUGGACCAUUCUCUUGACCUCACCAUGUUUGUAACCACACCAGAAAAUGUCUAGAAGGAGCUGAGUAUCACAGUCAUUUUAAAGCUGCCUAAUUGGUGCUUAUUAGGCUUUAUUGCUGCUCCCUGAUAUCCACAGGUGUUUUCAAUACCUGAUUGAAAACACUUCAUUGAACCUCUGUUCUUCAGAGUGGUAGUCUUUAAGGGGUUGAAUAAUUAUGUCAAUGAAGAAUUCACAAAAGAAACAUUUACUACUGUAUUACAAAACUAAUUGAUGUCAUUUUAGUUGCAUAUGGUUCUUUAAGAAGUCCUUGUAGGAUUUCAUUCUGAAUACAAUUACAAAUGUACACUAAAUUCCCCAAACCAUUUACAGCAUUGGGGGUUGAAUAAUUUUGAACACAACUGUACUUUCAGUCACACUAUCACGUGGCCAUUUAAUGCCACUUUAAUGCCCUACUUGACUUCUGCAGACUACUCAACGCAUCUACCCUCUCAUAAUAAAAGUCAGUCAGAAGAAAGGCUUGAAUUUUGGAUGAAAUGUUUUCUUUUCUGAACGAUGAGACAAACGGCAUGCAAUGUACAAACCAAUCAAGUCUCAAACAAUCAUUCAGGUUUUGGAAGCAGAUACUAAACAAAACAGGUGUGGUUGGAACAGAGGACAUAGACAAUAUUAUGUCACAAUAUUGCCACACUAGACAUUUAGAGGCCUUAGAUCAGCGAUGUCCUCUCCAACUAUAACUGACUAAAAAACUUCAUGUAAUUUGUGUAUAAAACAUCGCCCUCUGGUGGUCUGCUGUAUUAAUCCCGUUUUGCUGGAUGGACAGUGACCUCUUGUGGAUCAUCAAUACACUUUGAUGAAGUUUAAUGGCAGAAACCAGCUGUGAAGGAAAACAAUGAGGCUGAAGUCUGUUGAACCGACACCACAUGAGCCAUAUUUCUCCUCUAACAAUCCCAUCUACGCAACAGCCACAGGCCAUUAGCACAACAUUCGCUUCAAAGCUCAACCCUCAGACAAACUGCAGGACAUAUGAUGUAAUGUAAUGUUCCGGAUAUCAUCAUGUUGAUCAGUGAAUGAUUAACCUUAGAGUUCAUGUAAGAACAAAUGGAAGAAGUUUGGAAAUCAUCUACAUUUCAAGAAAAUUCCUCUUGAAAUUCAUUACCUUGACUGUGUUUCUAUGUGUCCCCUAUUUCCAUCCCUGAAUAUAAAUACAUUUUAUUCAAACAUGACACAAUCUAAACAAGAAAGUCUUAGAUAAGCUUUCUCGACACAAAAAUAUGAAAGAGGACACCAUGCAAGGCAGCCAAACCCAAAGAUUUCAAUACACAGCCGUUAUUGAAUUAUCUAGAAUCUAUUGUUUGUUAACUACAGAGAUGUCAUUGAUAAAAUGAAAACACUGAGAAAGCCUAAGCUGCACUUUCACGCUUAAUUAAAAUGGUCAUGUGUACGGGUGAGCAUACUAAAACAUUUUAGUUAGAAAGUUGAGCAUACGCCUAAAGUAUUAAACUUUGGCACAUAACCCGUCCUGCACACUUUGUGCUGUAGAAAUGAAUGAGACGGUUCAUGUAACUUAAUUAGAGGUGUGCCAUUACUUUUCGUAGCUAUUGAACUUGGUAGAGGAUAAAACGAGAGAAACAAAUCCCCUAAAUUAAAAUUAAAUAAAAAAAUUAAGAUCUAGAGGUGGUCUUUUUUGGCUUCAGUCGAUAACAGUGCAUCUAUCAACUGCAUAGCAACAAACUAUAAAACUUUUAGGACAUUUUAGCCUCAUAGUAAUGCCCUGACAACCACCCAGAAUACUUUGGACUAGGAUUCUGCAAUACAAGAAACUCAAAAUUCUAAUUUACGUACCGAUGUAAAUAUAACAAUAUAUUGCAGUUACGUCUGGGUGUACCUACAAGAAAUCAUUUGUACAUCAUUCAAGAGUCAUUAUGAUUAAUUUCCUUUUUAUCCAAACGAAAUUGGCAAUCCUGUUGAAUUUUGAGAAGGUGUAAUAAUUUCAAACACAAAAUAAAAGAAAAGUCAAAUGAGUCGCGCGGGCAAUAUAAUAAUAUAAUCAGACACAGACUGUCACACAGCAACCAACAGGCAUGCGCAGUGCCAGAACUCAAACAUAGUCUAUCUCUCUCUCUCGCUCUCUCUCUCUCUCGCUCUCUCUCCUUUGCCAUCAUAUAAUAACAGUGCUCCAAAAAAUCAUGCUCACCAUAGCAACCUCAGAAGAACAUACAACACUUGGUGAUCAGCAUCUAAGGGGCUGGAAAGACCAGAUCUGCAUGUUAUUGGAUACAGUCAGAAGAGCCAGAGAUCUGUUUAACACCUCACACCGAAGAGACGCAAGACUUCAUGGAGUAACUGGCCCUCACAGAUCUUGUCAUGUCCCGCGCAUGCCCAGAAUUGCAUUGGAGGUGGUUGGAGCUUCACGACUCUGUGUCGAUGGGAUCUCGAGAGAGGAGGGUCCGGACUGCUACGGGAACCAGGCAGUGGAGGAUCCAUCGGCGGGCCAAACCCAGAUACUCAGUGUUGGAUGAGCGCAGGCUACAUUAUGCGGCAUGGGAGGGCUGUAUGGAGCAUGUCAAGGCCAUGCUGGAACAUGGAGUUCCAGCGAACUGCCAGGACUCAUAUGGUUGGACAGCUGUCCACCAUGCCUCAUUCAAAGGUCAUCUCCCGUUGGUCAAGUUCAUUAUGCAAACGGGCCAGGUGGAGGUAAACAGCCAGGACUUCUUUAACUGCACCCCCCUGCACCGCUCAUGCAGCGGAGGAAACCCAGACACCACUGAGUUUCUCCUCCAGAAAGGUGCAUCACAUGAAGCAAGGUCCCGGUCCGGCCAGACGCCCCUUCAUCUGGCUACAGCCAACGGACACUUGGGCACGGCUCGCGUUCUGCUCCAGCACCUGGCUUCACCAAACCCCCAAGACUUUCAUAAGUGGACGCCCCUGCACUGGGCGGUUUUUGGGGGCUGGGGGGAUGUUGUGGAGCUUUUGCUGGAUAAUGGAGCAGAUGUGGAGGGUGGAAGAGGUGUGGGGAUGAGUCCCCUGCAGCUGGCAGUGCUCGUGGGGAAUGAGGCAGGGGUGAGAUUGCUGCUCCACAGAGGUGCAGAUGCCAAUACGAGAGGACCUAAUGGGCAGACAGCCUUGCACAUGUGCGCCUGCUCUGGAGACAAGAAGAUCCUCCAGCAUCUGUUAAAAGGAGGGGCCAAGCUUGACAUCAGGGAUGGAGACAUCGCUUCUCCGCUGCACCUGGCUGCCCGCAGCGGCUCUAGGGCUGUGGUGCACCUGUUGAUUCUGAAUGGCGCAGGACUUGAAGACAGGGACAACCUCAAAAUGACACCACUGCAUUACACAAUGCUCAGGGACAAUGCGGAGGCUGCCAAGCUCUUAUUGCACUACGGGGCAGAUGUGAAUGCUAGAGAGAGGCUAGGGCAGACGCCCUUGCACCUGGCCUCUGAGAGAGGUCACUUAAAGGUACUCAAGGUUUUGCUAGACAAAGGUGCCAACCCCUUUGUAAGGAGCAGCUGGAGAGAGACAGCAGAGGAUGUUGCGAGGACACACAACCACCCGUGUAUUCUUCAGCUCCUUCAGCAACACCAGAUGCUGCGGAGGAGGGAUCAAGACGCCAAAGAGAGAGAAUGAAAAAUGCUUGACUCUUUAUGUCUGUUGGAUCUGCUUCAAAACAUUUGCCAUGGCAACCAUUAUUUUUGCACAAAUACAGUCAUGCUGAACAAAUGUAAUAUAUGUAAUUUAUAGGUAAACUUGAGAAUUUUUUUACAGUGAUCAGUAAGUUUUAUUGGCAGAAUACUGUAGUGCCUAUGAUAUUUCAACAGAAAGUGUGGAGAUUUUGUUAAUGUCAAUAUGAGAAUAAAUGUUCAACAUUUAGA